AUGUCGGCAACCCAAGCGCUCAAGAAUGCUGCGUUCGGUCGCUCACCAGCGUGGCCUGACUCGGAUACUCGUCCGGAUCUGCAGACACUACGAGGACGCUUUCUACGACGACUUCAUCUUUCGCUUUUUUAUGGUCUCUGGGUGCACGGAGAUCCAGUGUACACGUUCGGGGAGGAGUACGCUUAUCACACCUUUCCUUAUCUGCUCAAGUUGCGUCUCAAGCUGAACGAGUUCAAGAUUCCUGGAGUAUUUUUCUUCGGUCUUCCGCAUUGUUUCUUUCUGCCUCGCACCGACGUGGACCUUAUCACUGUCGUUGGAGAAGCCUUGGUCCUACCACGUAUCGAACAACCAACCAAGGAAGACGUGCAGAAAUAUCAUGGUCAGUACGUCGAGGCUCUGCAAAAGUUGACAAGUCUGUUUUCCUAG